CGAUUUUCGUGCAGAUGCAAGAGUACACACAACACAAGCAUAGAUUCCAAAUUUCCCCACAAUAAAACACAAGCUGCUCAACUCAUAACACUUCACACACUCUCUCUCAAUCUCUCUCUCCCCCUCUCUCAAAGCAGAAAUUGUUUUCUUGAUUUCCAGAUUCAUACACCAUGGCUACAGGUUCAAUCGAUCCAGCGAAAGCUGCCCCAAUUGAAGAACUGAAACCAGAUUCACUUGUGCAACUGCAAUCCAUAUAUGAGCAGCUUACAGCGAAAGAAGGGUCCAACAUUGUUCUAAAGGGGGAACGAGGAGUUGGGAAGACAUGGAUAGCAAAGAAGUUAAGUGAACGUGCAACUAGAGGAGAUCAAUUUCAUUUCAGUAUAUGGAUAUUUUUGAACAGAGAAUAUGAAAAAAAGACACUUUGUGAGAGUAUUGCGCGUCAGUUGUCCAUAACAUUCAGUGCUGAGGAGUGGGAAGCUGAGAGGAGAAAAAAAGAUGCCAAAAAGGAGGAAAAUAAAGACAUGGUUGGGGAGGAACUGGAAAAGAAGAUAAUGAAAACACUAGAAGGGAAAAAAUUUCUUCUAAUUUUAGACGAUGAAGGAAGUAAAGAACAAGUGGAUGAUACAUGGGGUAAAAUGAAAGCGUUACUGCCCCUUGAUCAGGCAAGUUCAUUCACAAUUCUGAGUACCCGCAUGGACAACAAUUCUUUUGGUGGAAUGCCAGCAAAAACGAUUGAUGUCCAUCCUUUGUCUCGACAGGAGUCAUUUUCCCUGGCCCAAAAAAAGAUGGGGAAAAUGUUUGGCACUUUGCCUGUUAAUCUUCAAAAACUGGGCAAAGAUUUCGUCGGUGUGUGUGAAGGACUGCCUGCUAAAAUUAUCUUGUGGGCAAAAGUGUUUAGCUACUAUGAAAAGCAGAAUUCUGGACUAAAAACACUGGAAGCUGCCCUGGAGAAAGCCUUUAGUGAUGAAAAUUACGACAUUGUGCACUUGCUCUGGAAUGCAGACCCAUAUCGGUUCCGUAUUUUGAUUGACUGUUGUUGGGAGGGCAGACACUUUUUUCGUGGACGUGGUGGCGUGCAUUACAAUGAGUUGAUAACUUACUGGAUCCUGGAAGGAUACCUUGGGCGCAUUGAUUCUAUUGAGAAAGCUUACGAAGCAGGACAUCGUGUAUUGAUGGAUCUCUUAGAUUGUCGGAUUGUGAAAGAACUGGAGGCUGGUUAUGUGAUUAUGUAUAAGCAUGAGUUGGACUUGUACGCCCUGCUCCAGCCUGGAUUUGGUGCUACAGCCGGUUUGGGAUUGGCUACGGUGCUUGAUCCUAAGCAGGAUGUCUUUUGCGGGAGAAUUACAUAUGGGGAUGGAAUCAUGAAAGCGGUUGAUACCUUUGAGGAUGAGCAGUAUGUUUCAACUUUUAUGCGUGAUGGAAGCCAGCUUAUAGGAGAAUUCUCCCUUGAUUCUUACCUCGAUAGCAAGCAGCAACUUUGCGUUCUCGCAUUUUUCAACUCAACCAUCAGAUCACUUUCAUCACUUUUGUCUGACAUGAAAAGCCUUCGCGUGCUUAUAUUCAGAGGCUGUGACAUUAUGGAUGAGGUCAAGGAGGUUUUAGAUCUUGAAAAUUUAGCUGUUCUUGAAAUAUCUGGUCCUAGUUGUGUAGAACUUCUACCAGAUAAUUUUUUCAUGAAGAUGCCUAACCUUCAAAUCCUCAACCUCUCUGAACUCCAUAUAACAUCCUUACCUGCAUCUCUUUACAUAUGCCAAAAGCUAAAUUGGCUAAUCAUUAGAAGGUGUCCUAAAUUGGAAUCUCUUGGUAAUAUGCAGAAGCUAACAGAGCUCAUGGUUCUUGAUCUUUCUGAUUGUACCUCUUUGUUCUCAAUCAAAGAUAAGCACCUCCUGUCUAAAACGUCUCUCCAUACCAUCAAUUUUUCAAAUACCAGGAUUAAAAUCAUACCCAUUAUUAAAGAUCUGGAAAAUCUCACUCAUCUCUUUUUAAGCGACUGUACAGAUAUGGGUAGGCUGCGUGGCAUGGCUUCGCUAGAUAAACUCCUAGUUCUUGGUCUUUCAAAUUCUAAAAAGUUCAGGGAGUUUCAUGAUUCAUCAUUUGGAACUAUGACUGCCCUUAAAGUUAUCGAUCUAUCUGGAUGCUCAAUUAAUCGGUUACCUGCCAAUAUCAGCAAUCCUAGUUACCUUUAUCUGAGAGGUUGCCCUCGCCUGAAGAAAUUGUAUAGCAUGGAAAUUCUUAAAGAACUCGAGGUACUCGAUGUUACAGGUUCCAGCAGAUUGGUUGAAGUUGAACCAGAUUUCUUCAAACAGCUGACAGUUCUUCGAGUACUCAACCUUUCAAAAACAUUUGUUAAAAGCUUGCCAUCUGUUUCUAGUCUCUCCAGUCUACGUGAGCUUUCACUAUCAUAUUGUGCAUCUUUGGAGGAGUUAAAGGGACUAGAUGCUCUGAAACACCUUGAGGUGAUUGAUCUUUCGCACUGUAGUGCAUUAAAAAGCAUUGAAGACAAUUCUUUUCAGCAUAUGUCACGUCUUCAGAUGCUCGACCUCUCCUUCACAAAAAUUAAAACAUUGCCAGACCUUUCUGAAGCUAAUAGCCUUCGUCGUCUCAUACUGAAGAAAUGUACGAACCUAGAGUUACUUUCACUUCCCGAUCUUUCCAAGCUUGUGGAGUUAAAUCUUUCGUCGGUCAUUCUUCCGAAUGGAGAUGCUAAGUUUGUGAACUCUAUGUGUCAUCUUGAACUACUUGACCUCUCUGAAACACAUCUUAAUCAUCUACCAUCCAUGUCAAACCUCAAAUCUCUGAAUCAGCUUUAUCUAGGAGGUUGCCUAGAUUUGAAUGUUGCAAUAGAUUUACAUGAACUUACAGAGCUGGAGGUUCUGGAUCUUUCUGGAACAGCUGUUAGCAAGCUAGAAAACCUUGACCGCUUGUGCAAGCUUCGCCAUCUCCUACUUAGGAACUGUUCAAACAUCGAAGAACUACUGCAGCAUAAAAUGAAUGAUCUCUUGCAGCCCAAUGUUGCAGUACUUCACUGUGAAAAAUCAAGUUUGGCUCAUCUUGAACUUCUUGAUCUGCCAAGGAAGGAUAGUGGAGGAUCUGACACAACAAAGAAUCCACAGGAACAUCAGAAUCAACAGCAGUGGAUCAUCUCCAGUUGGCCAGCUGAAGCAAUUGAAAACGAUGAUGAUAAUGAUGAACACAUUAUAUCUGUGAGUGGCGCCCAGUUUCUUGAUCUAUUUGAAGGGAAUCCUACUAUGUUGACUACGAGCUUCCAGAAAUUCCGUUUCCUCAUUCGUCCGAUGGAAUUGAAAAAUACUUGCAGGAAGAAGUAUUUCUACAAAGACGAACUUAUAUAUCGGGAUACCUGGUCAACGACGGGAGUUGCUCAUUCUAUGCAACGGUCUCUGGAGAUCCGUGGCUUCGAAAGUUACCCAACAGGUGUUGAACUGGUCCUCAGCCAUGCUAAAUUCGUUAUUCUGAUUGAUAAUCCAUGCAUCAAAUGGAUUUCUGAGUCAUAUUUGAAUACCAUGAAGGAGUUAGAAGGCUGUUGGAUAGAGAGAUGCAAUGAAAUGGAGUGUGUCAUGGAAAUGGAAGUUACUACAGAAUCAGGACAAGAAUUGAAAGAAAUUACAAACCAGGAAGGUAAUUUAGAAUCUAGAAAGAGUGCAGGUGCUAUUGGCUUGAAGAGUAUACCUAGUAGUGGGAACUUCCACGGAAAUAGCUUCAAUAACUUGAAGUAUUUUUACCUGAACUUUUGUCCUAAACUCUCUGUGGUUUUUCCUUCAUCACAAAGGCUCGAAAAUCUUGAAAUACUUGAAAUCAAGUUUUGUGCCGAACUGGUGAGUCUGUUUCAAGGAGACUCGGCUGAGUUACCGCGGCUGUUAACACUGCAUCUUUGGGAAUUGCCAAAAUUAAACACAGUUGGAGCUCUAAUGCCAGCUCUGCGCUCAUUAAAAUAUGGCGAAUGUCCUAUACUAGAUGUAUCUUCAAUUAAGCCACUGGAAGAAACUGUUAAGUUGGAUUCAGCUGAAAACUACAAAACUUUCAAGUGACCUGGACUGAAGGCCCCCGCGAAGGCAUCUUCCAUCCAUGCCUGUGCAGUUUCCAAGAUCACCACUCCAUUUGUAUCUCCAGCUAUUCUUCAGUUUGUAUACAGGAAUGCAAGAUUUAGACUGCGAAUGUCACUGCAAGAUGUUUCUGAGGCGAAACUUGUACUGUUCUAAGUUAAUUUUUGGCAGCAAUUCUCUGUGAGCAAGCCGAGACCUUGAAGCUUGUUUUAUGCCACGUGUAUGUUAAAUUAGUUUCUGCUUGCAUUUGUUGUUAAUUUGUUCUACUGCGUGAACAACCACACUAGUUGAUGAAGAGAAGUUAUCAGUACGUACUCUUCCGUGUGAGUGUGUGUGUGUGUGUGUGUGAAACAUUUAUUGAUUUAUCAGAUAUUAAUGUUGUUUCAAGA